GAAGAGUUGACAGGAAAAACAAUCUUGAAACAAAAAACGUGGAAACCGUUGUUGAACAAACAUCGCAUUUAUGAGUCUUCACACUGACGUACUGGAUUAAUAACCCUCUUUUGGUGAAGUGUAAUGUGAAUCCAUAUUGGUAUUCCAUUUAAAAGCUGAUGAACUGAGGAGAUUGGUGUAAAAAUGGCAUUGCUGCUUUCGUCUUUCAGAUCUGUGUUUUCUGUCACUUGUCUGUGGGUGAGGACAGGAUCUCCCAUCUGUCCUUCUCUUCUCACUCCGCUGUCUCCGCCUGGAUUUAGCCUUGUAUGUGCGGCAGGUAAAAAGCAGCUGGCAGACCUUACUGAACUAAAUGAGGAGGAGCUGGAGGAGCAAUUUGUCAGAGGAACUGGACCCGGAGGACAGGCUACCAAUAAGACCAACAACUGUGUAGUGCUCAAGCACAUCCCCACUGGGAUUGUAGUCAAGUGCCAUCAAACCCGAUCUGUGGAUAUAAACCGUAAACGAGCUCGAGACAUCCUGAGAGAGAAACUUGACAUAGAGUUCAAAGGAAAAGAUAGUCAAGUUGUUAAACUAAAGGCAGAGUCUGUGCUGAAGAAACAGGAGAAGAAGAAGAAGUCACGAGACAAUCUGGAGAGGAAGAAACAGUUUAAGCGAUCACUGGUGACAGACUCCACAGAAAAAAACAAUAUUGUAUAAACACUAACAAAUUUGUAUAAAUGAUCAUGGACCUUAUUCUUGUGAACAAUUGUUGACAAAACCUUUUAAAAUGUGUUGCCUUUCCAUGUACAGUGUAAUCAUGCUAACAAAGCAUUUUAAAUGCCCUGGUCCAGAAUGACUUCUAUAACCAAAACUUUUAAUAAUAUCUAGUAAUAUUUUUAUUUUAUAUGUGUGUGAUUGACAGAUAUUAAAAUUGAACAUCAUGACAGACACUUUACAGACAGCUGUUUGUCUAAGCAAUAGGGUUUCAGCAACCACUGUUUUUGUAACUUCUGUAUAAAGUUUAAAUAUCAGAAUAAAAACUUAAUUAUACCUUAUGUUGAUACAUGUCACGUUCCAAAUUAAUAUACUUUAUAACCAUUUUAUUAGAGCAAAUAAUACAAAAUAAAGGCAUAUAUAUAUAUAUAUAUAAUUUUCAAUAAUGAAUUUGCUAUUCACACUGUUUAAAAUAUAAAUAAAUCUUUGCAAAGUC